GCUUUCAAAUAGAGACCGUGUACGUGUGUGAAAAAAAGUGAUGGAUUCCGAAAUCAAUAAAACGAAAAUCCCUUCGAAAAACUUCUCGAUUGAAUCGAUUGUAGGCAUCGAACGCCGAUCCCCGGACAUCGACAUCGAAAACACGAUUCAGGAUUACGAAGACGAUGUGAAAAUAAGUGAUUCCAAAAUGGCAUACUACUUCCAGAAUAAUCGAGUGCCGAAUUUCCCAUUUUUCAUGUAUGAAAAACGGGGUGAUUUCCAAGGGGAGGAAAUGAAACGAGCUAGCCCGGCAAGUGUCAGGAGUGAAUUAGACAGCGAUAGCGCAGAAGAUAGACCACACGAAUCCUUGAGUCCACAAUCAGAACAGAUUACAAAUUCGAGCUCAGCUCCGGAUCCUAACAUCAGGAGGUACAGAACUGCAUUCACAAGAGAACAGUUGGCGCGUUUAGAGAAAGAGUUCAUGAAAGAGAACUAUGUCUCCAGACCAAGAAGGUGUGAGCUAGCUGCUCAGUUACAACUACCAGAGUCUACAAUCAAAGUAUGGUUCCAAAACCGAAGAAUGAAAGACAAAAGACAGCGCAUCGCGGUAGCUUGGCCAUACGCGGCUGUUUACAGCGACCCAGCGUUCGCAGCGUCAAUCCUUCAAGCCGCUGCCUCAUCUGUUGGCUUACCGUAUGGAUAUCCCAGCCCGGCUAUGAUACCACCUUUCCAUAACCCACUACCGACUGGCUACCCAUACCCAUACCCAUAUCCACGCUAUCCCUACAUUCCCCCCACACCACCUUCUCCUGUAAACCCGGAAUCAUCGUUACGACCAUCGUAUAACUUCAAUUUAAAUGUUGAUAAAUAAGUAUAUUUAAUCUAUAGUUCGUCCUCAGACUAAUGUUAGAAAUAGACCGAGAGCCAGGGACUAUAAAGACCUCAUAUAUUUAAAUAUUCCUCCUAUACACAUUUUGUAUUUUAUAUUGAAAUAAGUACAACUAUUUUAGUAUGGAGUACUAAAUAAUGUCGGUAACUAUCUUACUAAGUUAAAUUACUGAUGUUAUUUGCUUUUCAACUGUAGCAUCGAUUAUACCAAAUGGAUGAAUCAAAAUCCGAAUAAAUGGAGUUUUUUUUAGUCUGUGGGCGUAGUUAAGGACAUUUUAAUUUGUAAAUAAAUAGUAUAAUGUAACUUAUUUAAAUAUGACCAGUGCUUACUCGAAACUAUUAUUAUAUACGUUACAUGAAACUUAAAA